AUGAAGAAAAAAUAUGAAGGCUCUGCUAGAGUGAAGCAUGCACAGCUUCAAGCUUUGAGAAGAGAUUUUGAGACUCUACAAAUAAAGGAUGGAGAAUUUGUCACCAGCUAUUGUGCUAGGACUAUGGAGAUUAGCAACAAAAUGCGCUUUCAUGGUGAGAAGAUGGAAGAUGUCACCAUUGUUGAAAAGAUAUUGCGUUCCCUGACACCAAUGUUUGAUUAUGUAGUGUGUUCCAUUGAAGAAUCGAAAGACAUAGAUGCAUUUUCUCUUGAUGAACUGCAUAGCUCCUUGUUGGUGCAUGAACAGAAGAUGAACUGA